GUAGCAUAUCGACGCUCACUAUUUUCCACAGUUCGGCCGCAUUAGAAUGACAUUUAUUUUCCUAGCGACGCUCGCUCUCCUCGCGACUAAUUUCCAUUGCAGCACUGCGCAGCAGUCGGACAACGACGACGGAGACUUCUCAUUCACCAAUGGAGCAGUGCCCGAUCCAUUCGCUCUCCACCAGCGCUAUCCUGACAGGCCCGAGGCGGUCGAAUGCCGGCCGAUUCGCGUGCAGAUCCCGCGCGGCUCCCGGCGAUUUCGGCAGGAGCUCGUCACGAACGACCACUCGGGCGUGCGUUUCGCAAAUUCGGACGCGCGGAUAAUGUCGCUGAGGCUCCGGAGGUACGUAAACGAGCUGGCCGAUGCCUUUCACGAUGAGUUUGGCGUAUGGAUCGCCGUCAGCAAGGCGUGGGUCGAGGAUGGAGACGAAGAAAUCACUGAUCCAACCUCUCUUCAUUUUGAGGGACGAACUCUUAGAGUGUCAGUUCAAGUGUCUCUUGUCUCACUUCUCCUCCAACUGGCCGUUGAGAUUGGGUUUGACUGGGUGUACUAUGCCGACGACAACUACGCUCAAUUAAGUGUUAUCCCAAACCUGUGCGAUGUAUCACUCGACAUGGUAUUCAUGUUGGAUCGCUCGGGAAGUGUGGGUGAAGACAAUUUCAACACAGCCAUCUCUUUCCUUUCGAAUGUCGUUGGAUUCUACGAUAUUUCCAGUACCGGUACUCAGGUGGGACUGGUCACAUACUCCACUGGAGCUGCUAUAGAGUUCGAUCUGAAUGAUUUCCAGUCGGUGGAGGAGAUCAGAGUCGCUCUAUCAACAGUUCCCUACACCAAAGGCUGGACAGCCACUGCUCUCGCUCUGGUACUGACCCGUUUCAUGAUGGAUCCCCUCCAGAACUACGGGGCAAGACCGUUUGCAGACGGGAUUCCCAAAGUUGCCGUCCUGUUAACCGAUGGUCGCUCCAACCAGUUACCAAUCAUCGAUCGUGCCAAUGCCCUGCGAAACUUUGGUGUUCAAGUGUAUACAGUUGGGAUUGGGGACGUGUAUUUGCCGGAGCUCCAGUUUAUUGCCAGUGAUCCAGACAACCAACAUGUGUUUCUGCUGGAUUCCUUCAACAAUGCAGAGAGUUUCGUUGAUUUUCUCAGCAUUACCACAUGCGAUGCCCCAGCUGUGGUUGAUCCCGGAGAAGAAACUCGCAAUGAGAUCGAAGAAGACGAGUUCAGAUUCUUCGAGUCUCGUUGCGAAGCAUUCUCUGACACUGUCAUGAUAGAGCAGAUUGAUCUGGUUGGGCAGUGUUCGCUGUAUGCGUCGUGGUCGGUCCAGAAUCCAGGUCCCCUGGAUCCACUCCAGACUGUGGUACGGAAUGAAGACCGGACCAGGAGCCGUCGCUCCCUCCACCUCACUCUUCCCCAAGACCAAGACAGGUUUGUGUAUGUGUCAGUGAGAGGCAGACGACCACGGAACGAGUUCUCCAUCGUGAUCUGGGACAUGAUCUUCCAACAGGACGAGUACACCAUCACAGUUCUGGACGCCGGUGACACCACGGGGCAACCCAUCAUCAACCUGGUCGACCAGAUUCGCGAUACCACCACUGCCAUGUUCAGUUUCCAGAUUACGAGUGGGAAUGAAGAAGGACUGUUUUCACUGGACUCAGAGUCUGGGAUUCUGACAGUUGCAGCCCCUCCCCCCCUCGGGUCCUUCCCUCUCAAUAUCGUCGCUCAGAAUACUGAACACUCCUGCCACAGGGCAAAGGUCAUCGUCAACGUCGUCGUAUUGGUGGAAACCCUACAAUUCCAACCUUUCCCGCAGCCGGUAACGGUCUCCGAGGCAACGGAGCAGGGUACCAUGGUAACACAGGUAACAGCCACCUCUUCAAGCGGCAAUCCUCUGACAUAUUCAAUAACAGCAGGGGACCCUCUUAAUCAAUUCUUUAUCAACCCAAUGACUGGAGAACUGUCCGUGGAGAGUCCCCUCAAUUUCGAGGAGACUAACGAGUAUUCCCUGACUGUACAGGCACAAGGGAGUAGCUCUGCAGUCGUCAUGGCAAUACAAGUCGUCCAGGUGACGGAUGUUAACGAGCCACCGGAAUUCGUAACGGAAUGUGCAGUUGCUGGUAGUUGCGAGUUUUCUAUCGCCGAGGGAGAACCCGCCAACGUGCCUGUUGGGAGGAUAGAGGCAGCUGAUCCUGACAUCAGAAAUCCAGAAUUUUCCGUGUUGACGUAUGGGCUGGAGUCCCAAACCCCCGUUCCGUUCCAAAUAUCUAACAUGGGGGAAAUAACCACCACCGAAACGCUCGAUUUCGAAACCACUUCCUCGUACACGUUUACCGUCUUUGUGGAAUACUCGGGGAAUCCCCUGUCGCCAAGGAUACAAACACAGGUGAUGGUAAACGUUGAAAACGUGGCCGAAAAUGCUCCGCCUGUCUUUCCCAGUGAUUGCUCGCUCUCUGUGAUAGAGAACGGCAUUGGUGUUGGAGAUCCCAUUAUCAACUGCCAGGCCUCUGACCCUGACCACCCAGCCGAUCAGAUCAUUUACGAAAUAGUUGGAGGGAACGUCGAGAACACGUUUAGAUUCGAUCCUUCGAUGGGGCAAGGUAUUCUGGUGUUGAAUAGAAAUCUCGACAGAGAGGAGGUCCCGCUGUACACACUGACGCUCCGGGCCACCGACCCUGCUGGGUUGUCGACGAUGACAACAUUUGAUGUCACAGUUCAAGACGAGAACGAUUCUCCGCCGGCCUGCACUGCACCCUCGUCACCAGUCAUCACCUCUCUCCCUGGCUCUGGAGACACCAUCGCUACUUUCACAGCACCGGACCCUGAUACUGACCCAGCCGCUCCAAUUUUUUCCAUCACAUCGCAGGAAAUAGCGGAAGAUUUUCUCAGUGCGACCUUAACUGUCACGGCAACUGACGGCGAAAUCUCCACUCUCUCAUCCUCCUGCUCUCUCACAGUUCAAUUUGAGGAUAUUUGUGAGCUGCAGAUGUAUUCUAUAGAUUCCACGACGGGGCAACUGACAGCGUCCUUGCUCUGCAAUGCGUUCAUGGACCCGGGUCCAGAGGUGGCAAUCAUAUUUGACAGAAAUCGCCGGUUUACUUGCGAGGUCUCUGCAAACGUCCCGACGCAGCACGAGUUCUUUCACAACGAGACGAUAGGAUUAACGGGGUUGAUUGAAACACCGCUAAUCCUCCGCGACGUGCGAUUUGACAAUUCUGGAGACUACACUUGUCGCGUUACCAACACAGAAUUAGGGAUGAUCAUCAGCUCACCUACCACUGUCAGCAUCCAGAUCGGUCCGUCGAUUGUGACUCCUCCCAUGGAUGUUACCGAGAUGGUUGGUCAGCCGGCUGUGUUUGAAUGUGUCGUCUUUGGAGUUCCUGAACCGACCAUCACAUGGCUGGGGCCAGACAGUCAAAGUGAGGUGGACACCACGGACACGAGGAUCCAGCCCUCGGGUGCUACUCUCACCAUUACCAGUGUGCAGGCCAGCGACACUGGAGAGUACGUCUGUUCAGCCACCAACGAACUAGACUCGGCCUCGGCUGCUGCUACACUGACUGUCUCCCAGAUGCAGCAGUUAGUGAGGGCUGAGGUCCCACAGUACCUGCUACCCUCACCUGACGACUCGUGCCAUGAAUUCAACUCCUCUCAUUUUAAUGAGCUCCUAACUACCAUCACUGGUCACAAAACACUCACAACACAGCAGGAAUCCGGUGACCUUUGUCCUCCAUCCCCCUGUAACCCCGCCCCCUGUCAAAACGGGGGAACCUGCGUGGAAGACAACCUCGCGACCCCCGGGGGUUUCUACUGCCAGUGUCCCCCUCAGUUCACAGGACACACAUGUGGAGACGUCAUCGACCCCUGCAUCAGAACUCCUUGUCGAAACGGCAGCCUGUGUGCAAGUAAUUCUCGCGGAGAAUUCAUCUGCACUUGUACCGAUGAUUACCAUGGCGACCGCUGUCAGUACACUGACGUGUGCUCGAGAAGCUCCGCCCCUUGCCAACCGAACGAGACAUGCCUGGAGACGGUCGUGAGGAGAGAGGGGUAUGUGUGUCUUGGUGGAGAGGGGGAGGGAGGAGGGAGUGAGGAAGGACUGACAGUGACUGUCGAACAGAGUGGCACUUUAGUCUCAACGCUUGACGGACAAGUCAACCUGUACAUUGAAACUGCAGAAGACGUUAGAAGGCGAAGAGCAGCUUCGACCGAUGAAGAAAUCAUGGAAGAAAACGGUUUUGUGAACGUAUGUGAGGGUCGGUUUGUCUCCUCACCUGACACCCUCCGACUGGUGUGGGCGUGUCCAGUGGGUGUGGCUCCACCAGGCAGGGAUGACGAGGAAGCCAUAUGUGUUCUCCUGAUUGAGCAACGGCUGGUGAUCAGCUGCUCGUCUUCUCAGGGAGGGACCCUGGUACUUCAACCCAUCGUCCCCCUCCCCCCUACCAGUGUCAACAUCACGUUUAUUCUCAUCGAUCGGUCCACCGGUCAUCCUCUGAGUGCAGUCGACGUUCUGGCCAUUCUCGAGGGAACCAAUGCCAAAGACAAGCUGAACAACACAAUCUACAGAACUGAACAGUUUUCCGCUGUCGCCCCUUCAGAUGACAGCUCACCAUCACCUGACAGAAGCGGAGUUGUGAUCGGAGCUGUACUCGGAACAUUGUCAGCUCUCAUCAUAAUAUCUGUUGUUGUGAUUAUAACACUUCUCAUCCUCAAACACCAACGAAGAGAUAAAACGAUGACAAUAGAGCAGACAUACCAGGGGAAUGGGAAUGGGACCCGAGACUCGACCUCGUUCUCAAACCACUAUACCCAGGUUCCGCAGAAGGAGAACGGACCGCGGAAGCCACUGACGCUGCUCACACUCCAACUCCCCACCGGGAACAGACAGUCAAUGUUCGACGAUCCCGUGUACGAUGCCGGGCUCAGUUCUUCAGGUAACUCGUAUCAUCCUCCAGUCACACAGCGGAGGAGUUUUGAGAAAGGCAUGAGAUCUUCACUGGAGCGAGGCAUGAAGAUGAUACGGAGCAAGGUGCCAAGCAUGAAACGCAGCGAUUCAGCCUCUGGCCUCCUCAGCCCGCCGGCUCUGGAAGACAGCGGAGACUACGAUGACAUUGUUACGUUGGCCACGCCCCCUCAUGUGACCACACCCUCAAUUAAUAACGGGGACCCAGAGAACGAGAGUAUCUAUGCCAACACAGCUCAUCACCAUGGCGGCGCCAUGGGCAACGCAGGCCAGCGGUGGGAGUCGUACCAACAAAACAGAACGCUCCUCAGAACUGACCAAAAAUGACAUCAUCGUUGCAUCAUAUCUGUGUUUCCACGACAACUGAACAAUCGGUCGCCCAGCAACAUACACAGAACAUACAUAACGUGUGUUACCAAUGUUUGAUAGCCUAUUUUUUUCAAUCACUUCAAAAUAUAAUUCAAUCCAGCUGGCUGGAAUGACAACAUGAAAAGAUGUAAUUUCCGCAAAACACACAUGUACUUUUAUUAAUUCACCUUUAACUUGAGAGGCAGAGAGAGUGUGUGUGUAUGUGGUAAGAGAGAGAGAGAGAGAAGUUAGGAGAAGAAAAGUCUAAUCAACUGGUGUGGGGAGGAGGGAGAUAGGGUCAGAGGACAUGUUCCGUGACCUUCAACAUGACGAGCAAUGCAAUCGUAACAGAAAACAAACCCUGAGGUAGCAAGGGUUGUGGGGUCUCGUCUAGUCUGGUGACACAGUGGACAAGUGAAGGGA